AAGCAGACAGGGAAGCUGGGGAGAGAAGAUUUGAAGCCGACAAAACCCAAUUGUCCAAUCAUCUUACCACAUUACACUUCCCUUCUUUGUCAAGCUAUCCCCUACCUAGCCAUCGACAGUUACCUAAGCCAUUACAAUGCUUCUUUCUGAUCUCAAAAACCUCUUUUAACUUUCCCAUUGUUCUCUCUGUGAGUGACUAGUGUUGUCUUUGAGAGUGUGAGAGAGAAAGGAGAGGAAGAUAGAAAGAGAGAUCGAAAUGGCAGGAAGGUCUUGUUACAGAGAUGUCCUGCCAUUUACAGCAAUGGUGACUAUGGAGUCCAUGGACGUGGGCUUGAACACACUGUUCAAAGCUGCAAAAAUGACAGGAAUGAGCUACCAUAUCUUUAUUGCCUACAUUUACUCCAUAGUUGCCUACAUUUACUCCAUAGCUGCUCUUGCUCUUGUUCCAGCUCCUUUCAUCUCCCACAGAUCAAGGAGGCUUCCUCCCCUCAACUUUUCCAUUUUGAGAAAAAUUCUUCUUCUUGGGCUAAUUGGGAGCUCAUCUCAGAUAAUGGGGUAUGCAGGAAUCAAUUACAGCUCUCCAAUGCUAUAUUCUGCUAUCAGCAACCUUCUGCCAGCUUUCACUUUCAUUCUUGCCAUCAUUUUCAGGUUGGAAACUGUAGCAUUGAAAACCAGAAGCACUCAAGCUAAAAUUGUUGGUACUAUAGUUUCACUCGCAGGUGCAUUUGUGGUGACUCUAUAUAAGGGCUCCCGAAUUUCCCUCACUGGCCGAACCCAAUCUCUUUUGCUAAACUCAACACCUUCAAAAUCAAACUGGGUCAUUGGAGGCCUUCUGAUAACAGCCGAGUAUAUAUUGGUGACACUUUGGUACAUUGUUCUGGCACAAAUUAUGAAAGAGUACCCAAAUGAAUUAACUGUGAUCUUCUUCUACAAUGUUGUGGUCAGCAUCGUAGCUGUAGUUGUUGGUUUGAUUACAGAAAAAAAUCCAAAUGCUUGGAGAUUGAGACCUGAUAUGGCAUUGGUAUCCAUCCUGUGCUCAGGACUACUAAACUCAUUAUUGAACAAUACCGUUCACACAUGGACCUUGCGCUUGAAGGGACCUGUGUAUGUGACAAUGUUCAAGCCAUUGUCGAUUGCCAUUGCUGUUGUCAUGGGCGUAACGUUCCUUGGUGAUACACUUCAUCUGGGAAGCCUACUUGGAGCAACAAUUAUAUCAGUUGGGUUUUACACGGUACUGUGGGGAAAAGCUAAAGAAGAGACUUGUGAAGACUCUGGAGCUGAUAGCCUGGAAUCACCAUCUAGAAAUAAGGCCCCCUUAUUGCAAACCUACAAAACGGAGAAUGUCUAGACCAAAAUGUGUAGCAAACUAGCAGUCUGUAGUAUGUACAUUAGGUCUCUAGGGUAGAUUGAUAUCCAUUAUUUUCUGAGAAAAACAGCUGUUUUUCUAUGAUGUUCAUGAUGAACACUAUGAAAUUAAUUGUGAGGAUUUUUAUGGGA